AUUAUUUCAUCGGCUACUCUUUCAUUGAAGUUUUUAGUUAAGACUCAGGAAAUAUAGUCUCUUAGCGUCUUUCUUGACACAUAAACCAUGGAUACUAGUAAAAGUUGUAGUAAAUUUGUUAUCCUUGCAGCAAUUAUAUGUUUGACUAUUGGGAGCUGGUGCUUCACAGCAAAUGCAUCCAGGUUCCCCUCAGCUCUGGAGGAUUUCUUUCAUGCUGAUAGUGGCACUACCACUGGAACUUUUAAGAGAUGGGCAGUUCUUGUUGCUGGGUCCAACGGCUGGGUGAACUAUAGGCAUCAGGCUGAUAUAUGUCAUGCAUAUCAAAUACUAAAAAGAAAUGGACUGAAUGAUGAAAACAUCAUUGUUUUCAUGUAUGAUGAUAUUGCACACAGCGAGAACAACCCAACGCCUGGUGUCAUCAUCAACAAGCCAGAUGGCAACGAUGUUUAUAAAGGAGUUCCAAAGGAUUACACAGGAGACAAUGCCAAUUCAAAAAAUCUGUAUGCUGUUAUUCUUGGAAAUAAGGCUGCUGUGAAAGGAGGUAGCGGGAAGGUUGUGAAUAGCGGUCCAAACGACCAUAUUUUCAUUUACUAUGCUGACCAUGGCGCUGUUGGACUAAUUGCAAUGCCUGGAGAUGGAGAUUAUGUCUAUGCUAAAGACCUCGUGGCUGUGCUAAAGAAGAAGCAUGCUGCUAAAGCUUACGCAAAAAUGGUCGUAUACAUAGAAGCUUGUGAAGCUGGAAGCAUGUUUGAGGGUCUCCUUCCAAAGAAUUUAAAUAUCUACGCAACAACAGCAUCAAAUGCAGAGGAAAAUAGUUAUGCAGCAUAUUGUCCUGAUGAAUCUUCUGAUCUUAAAGGAGGACUAGACACUUGUUUGGGAGACUUGUAUAGCGUUUCCUGGAUGGAGGAUUGCGACAAAAAUGAUCUGCACAAGGAAACAGUGGGGCAACAAUAUGACGCAGUUCGAAGCAGAACGGGUAAUGGUACUGAUACAUAUAGUUCUCAUGUUAUGCAAUACGGAAGUACAACUCUAAGAAAGGACUUUCUCGCUGCUUUCAUGGCAACCAACGUCCUUCCACAUAAACCUACUUCCACUGGAGAAACCUCCUCACCGUCAGUCUCAAGUGUUGUUGACCAGCGUGUCGCAGAUCUACUUCAUCUUAAGAACAAGUUCAACAGCGCUCCUAUAGGUUCUCAAGAGAAGCUGAAAGCUAAAAGGCAGUUAGAUGAUGAAAUUUCUCAGAGGCAACAUGUGGACUACAGCAUAAACCAGAUAGGGAAGCUUUUGUUUGGACCAAAAAAGAGCUCCAAAGUGUUAAAUAAUGUCCGACCUUCAGGCCAAGCUGUUGUAGAUGAUUGGGACUGUCUCAAGAAGCUAGUGAGAGCCUACGAGGAUCAUUGUGGAUUUCUAUCAGGAUAUGGAAUCAAAUACAGCAGAGCAAUAGCCAAUAUGUGCAAUGCUGGGGUUACAGAAGAACAAAUGGUUGCAGCAUCAAUGAAAACUUGUACUUAGAAUAAGUAUUUAUUUUCCUAUUUAUAGAAAAGAAUUAGAAUAAGUAUUUAUUUUCCUAUUUUUAGAAAAGAAUAUAGUAAAAUUAAUAGCCAAUUUAAGGCUAGCAGGCCAUCUCUGCCUUGCUCUUAUCUUAUGGAAUUCAAAAUGUUCAACUUGUUUUUCCAUGGAUUGGAGCUUUAUGAUAUAAAGAAAUUAUUGCAUAUAUAUAUAUAUAUAUAUAUAUGAUUUAUACUA